CGUGUGCAGUGUGACGUUGCGGGGCUGUAGUGGAUCUUGUUGACGGUCCUCCAGGCUGCUCCAGUACCGAGGAGACCGCGGGCGAGUGAGGACGACCGACACAGCGUUCAGGCAACGGAUCAGAACAUAGAAAACUUCGCUCAUCACCAUGCAUGUGUCCAACUACCAGAAGAUUCGUGUCAUUUGAAAAGACUUAAGGAGGAGGAGAAAAAAAAAAAGACUCAGAGGAAUACAAGAACUCAGUCAGCAGACAGAAACGACAAUAACUCAGUGCUUAGACAUGGCCAGCACCCAGACCAGUUUGAAAACCCCUUUCAAAGACUUGACCUCAUUCAAGGGCAACAUGAAGCGGCUGUACAGGGAGCGACUGGAAGACGCUCCCAUCAAGAAGCGGGUGAUGGCAGAGAUCAACCUGAAGCGUCGCAGUUUGGAUUCCUUCCCCAAAACUCCCAAAGUGAAGAGGGAGCAGAUCGAGGAUCUGUGCCACGAGUCUGACAUGGAUGUGGAGGGUCGGGCUGAACUGCACAUUGUGGGCUCUGCUAAAGCCCUGGACCUGAGCCCUGGGCUCAAACACACACUGGCCCAGUUCACUCUCAGCAGCCAGAGCUCCCUCGGGGGCCCAGCUGCCUUCUCUGCCCGCACCGGCCACGAGCAUUCCCCGGCUGGCAUGCCCCCCCUGCCCUCCCCUCCUGUUCUUGGAGGGGGCCCUCUGCUGGUUCCCUGUGACAGCUCCACCGAACUCACCCACUCACUGUUGGAAGGAGAGUCUAUCUCCUGCUUUGUCGUUGGGGGGGAGAAGCGGCUUUGCCUGCCCCAGGUGCUCAACUCUGUGCUCCGCGACUUCUCCCUGCAGCAGAUCAACACUGUGUGCGACGAGCUCUACGUCUACUGCUCACGUUGCGACGCCGAGCAGCUGCACAUCCUCAAGGUGCUGGGCAUUCUGCCUUUCAACGCACCUUCCUGUGGCCUCAUUACACUGACGGAUGCACAGCGGUUGUGCAACGCUCUCCUGCGUCCCGGGGCGGCCUUGCCCGCAGACCCCAGCGGUAAGCUGUCGACCCAGGGCCUGCUGAAGGAGAGCGAAGCCAGCUUCCAGGUGGAGCACCAGUGUCUGGGGAAGUGCCAGGGUCUCUUUGUGCCCCAGUUCUACACCCAGCCAGAGGCGCCCUGCAUCCAGUGUGUUGAGUGCCAGUUGCUCUUUUCACCACAGAAGUUUGUCAUGCAUUCACACAAGUCACCUGAUAAGAGGACCUGCCACUGGGGCUUUGACUCAGCCAAGUGGCCCUGCUACCUGCAGCUUGCCAGGAAGUACCAAGGCACGCCUGAGGAGCCAAAGCUCAAGCAGCUCCUGGACGAGGUCAAAGAGAAGUUCCACUACAAGCUCAAGAGGUCGCUAGAUAAAAAGGCGAUGGAGGAAGAGGAGAACCAAGUGAGGAAAUCCUCUGCAGAUCUCUGCUCCCCCAGCAGCAAGCUGGCUGACGUCGACCCUGCAAGAAAGGGGAAAACAUCUCCACCUGCUCUGGUGUUCAACCGUCUUUUCUCGGACAUCAAGGAGGAGCCAGGACACCCCACCCUGGUCCAUCCCAGUUACUACCUGUACACAUACGAUAAGAUGGUGGCUCCCAACGUGUCUCUGCGGAGGGAGGCGGAGAUGAGUCCCGAGAUGUUCGGAGCGCUGCUCAAACACCACUACAGCCGCAGAGUGCUGGGCCACGACGAGCCACCAAUGGAUCUUCAUGCGUCGCCUCCCAUCUCUGUUGGCGCCGAGGAGGCCAAAUCCCAACGUGGCCCUGCUGCCUCGGCCACCGAGCGGGAAUGCCAAACGCAGGCAGUUUCCAUGGAGACAAGCAGCCUGAGCUGCAAGAAAGCCACCCACAACCCCGCCCACACCGCUCCUCCUCCACCACCUCCUCCUCCUCCUGCGUCGUUGCUGUCGCCGAUAACGGAAGUAGCGGCUAAGGACACGGGCAGCGCUGCAGUUGUGGUGGGGGGGCUGGAGGACGACAAGGACAGGAUUGUUGUGGAGAUCAUGCAGAUGUACAGCAGGCAGCAGGAGAAGCUCAACUCCACCCUGCACAAGCAGCUGCAGCUGGAAAUGGAGCUGGAGGCGUUGCGUGGGGGCGAGGCGGCGAGGCUACGGGAGCUGAGCGCUGAGCAGCGCGAGCUACGCUGCGAGCUGGAGGCGGUGCACAGUGAGCAGGCGCGGCAGCUCAGCCAGGCCCGCCAGGAACAACUGGAGCUGGAGACCCGUCUGGAGCAGCUCCGACAGCAGGCCUGUGCCUGCGAGCCGGGGGCACAACGCCAGCAAGAGGCCCACUACACUGCACAGUUGUCGGAGCUGCGUCAGAGGCUGGAGCAGGCGGAGGCGGACCGGCAGGAGCUGCAGGAGGAGCUGCGCAGGGAGCGGGAGGCACGGGAAAAGCUGGAGCGCACAAUCACCCAGCUCAAGCAGCAGAUGGCCCAGUCUGGCACGAUGGGAGGCAGCCCCUCUCCUCCUCCUACCCCUUCCACCGGACUCCCUAACGCCCACUCCCCGCUCUCCUCCUCCUCCUCCUCUUCCUCUUUCUCAGAGGCCCCAGCGGCUGGCCAUAAGUAACUACCACCCCUCCAGGCGCCUCCCUCCCUCCCUCAUUCCUCUCCCAAUCACCCGCCAACUCUACAGAUACAAACAAAUCAGCCUGAAGCAGAAAGGAGCUUCACAUCUCCUCAGGCUCUUUUUAAGUUGUGCAUCUCUCGCCCCUCCCUCCCUUUUUAUUUCAGUGUAGGACUGACUUUUGUUUUUGUAAUUUAACAUCACUUAAAAGAAAAAUGUUAUGUUGUGUUUUUAUUACUCUUUCUUUUACUCCCCUCUCCUCUCUUUAAACAGUAUUUAAAGAUUUUUUUGGGCAUGUAUGUUUUGAUUUAAUUUAUAAUUUUUACUGAACUAGCAACUGCUUCACAGACCGGAGUUUGGGUCAAAUAGAGACCAACUCAACCAUCACUAUUGUUUUUUUUUUUUUUCUCACCACGAUUGUCACCCUCCUCUCCCAUCUCCCUCCUCGCUCUCUCUGGAUUUUGGAGCUAAUGACUUGGAGAUUUCAGACUUCAGCUCAGACACACAGACUCGUCUCAGCUCCACGGACGUCACUUCAUGCUACUACCUGGCACAGCAACUGGUGCCCACGGACACAUAAUGGCGCCUGGUUGCGUGCCCCUCCCCCUACUCUGUCUUUCUGUACGUAAAGCCCAAACGCUCAAGUACCAGCGACUGCAGGAAACUGCAUGGACUUCUUAAUGGUUUUAUUUUUGUUGUUUUUUUUUUUUUGGCUCCUUUAUAAAAUACAGAAAUAAAAGUGUAUCAACAUGUUUAAAAACAACAAAUCUAUAUGGAGGAGAAAGACCUUUACUGUACAAAAAAAAGACAGAUGUUGUUUAAAAACCCUCAUGAAAAUAUGCCAAUAGUGACGCUGAGCUUGAAAUGAGUGUUUUGACUGUGACACCCCCCACCCCCCCCCCCACACACACACACACACACAAGGUAGCUAAAUCGUCUGGCCUGGACCCCAGCUGCUCCUAACACAGACUAGCUGUCCCCUCUUCACUCUGCUGGGCAGCACCUGGACUCUCCUGUCGCAGACCAAACAGUCUGCGGUUGAUCCGCCAGCUGCCCAGCGUCUCCUCCAACCCCCCCUUCCACCGCUGCACGCUAGCGCCAUUGCCCUCUGCUUGAAAACUCUUUUUAACACCCACUUUGGGGCUAGACAGGAAAACACUGUGCUGUUUUCAGGCUUGGCAUGAAGAAGCUCACGAGCGGUGUUAUGCACUUAACGUGCUCUCCUCCCCCAGAAUCCCCUGGGAAAGGAAUGUGUCUGGACACGGGGGCUGGCUGAGCCGGUGUAGCUUUUCUAAGAAAGAAGAAAGGCAGAGUCUCACAUGUGCGGUAGCUGUACUGUGUUACCAUACGACACCCUUGCAUGCCCGCACACACUCGAGUGUGUCAGUGCAGUCCAGGCAUUCAGGCAGAACAAUGGCCCCAGCGUUCCCAGCAGAUGAUCAAAGCCCCAGUCUGUCCCUGUUUUCUGGGCUUUUUUUUUUUUUUUUGUAUCAUUUGACUUCAUUGUCAGCAGACGGUUUUAUCCCCACCCUGUUUGUCAGAGCGUCGUCUAAGAAUGUGGGUCGCAGGUGAAAGCAGUUAGUCCAGGGUGGUUACGGGCCUCGGGUCUGGCCCCUGCUUCACGUUAUUCUGCCUGGCUGAACAAACAGCGCCGGGCAGGAAGAGGAAGAGAAGGGAGGCGAGGAUUGAGGGGAGCGCUCGGGGGACUGGUGCACUCUUCCCUGCGGCAGGCUGGGUGGCCCAGACGCCGGAGGUACAGAGGGGAGCCCUUUUUGUUUUGUGCCGUCAGAAUGGGGGCAGCUGUUGUUGUCUGGGGGCCUCUGCCCACUCCUCGGGUGAGACUGUACAGGAUCCCCCAAUCCCUCAACAACCUCCCUCCCUCCCUCCUCUCCCACAAAAAAACGGCCGUCACUCACUCACACAUACCCGUCCAUCCAUCUCCAGUGCCAGAUCAGCUGGGGGUGGGCAGUGUUUUGUAGAUGCCCAGGAGAGCGAGCAGACGUCCAGCUAGAGAAGGAAGAGAGGACUUUUAUUGUGUCAGUUGCCAGGCAAAAGCGCUUUUUAUUGCCACUAAGGAGAUCCCUGUAAGUGAGUGUGCGUGUGUGUAAAUAAUUGUUUAAAAAGAGAAGGGGAUCGGCCUCAGCUAAACUCUGAGCUUUUUUUAUGCAUCUGCUAUAAAUGCAAAUUGAUAGACAUUCCACUGUGCUCCAUCCUGUUCGAUGCAGAUUUUCUUACACAGCUUCCCUUUACAAUAACAGACCUUAAAGACCGGGCAGAGUACAGUUGUGGUUUGUUGAUAAGUCAUGAAAGCAGGUGCAGGUGCAGACCAGUAAAAUCAAACCCAUGCCGCAAAUGUACACUCUACUGUUGUUCCAUUUAAACCUUUAUUGAAAUUAUGAAAGAAAAUAUUUAACGUAUUAACUAAAGAUUUAUAUUCACUUUGUAAAUAUAGUAGUCAUUAAUAUAUUAACUGUUCUUAUAUGAAAAAUCUUCAAAAGGUUAUAUAAAUUGGACCAGAACUAAAGGCUUCGGAGGUUGUUUUUUUUUAAAAAGUGAUCUUGGCAGAUAUCAGAACUUGACUUUUGUCGAGUGGAUGUGGGGGAGUGAAACGCAUGGUUUACUGAGACAUGAUGCAGGACAAAGGCAAAAUAGGAAAAUAAUACUUUGUUACACACUUUACCCCCUUUUCUGAACUGAUGCAUUUGUUCUUUUGUGGAUUUCAUCUUGACGGACUGUUUAACGUGUAAUGUAAUGAGCUUUUUUCCUCUUUGUUAAAACCCCCCUUUCCCCCCUUUGAGCUAAAUUGAAAAAACGAAACAUUUGUUGAAGAAAAUGCAUUUUGGAAAAAAAGAAAACAAACAAAAAAUUGUUUUUUUUUGCAUGUUUUGCUGCCCCUUUUAUGUUUUUUUGUGUCACCGGGCCACUCUAUCAAUCUAUUCAUUGUUUUAAAAAGAAAAAAGAAAAGAAAAAGAUGUUCGACCCCCCCCCCCACAUAAUGCACAAACUAUUGAGAUGGCUCAUAUGCAUGAACAUUGAACAUGUGCAAGUUUUAUAUCACUAUUGGUUUAGAGGUUGGCUAAAUAUAAAGUCAGAUUAUGAAGAACAUAAAAUGUAUUUGAUUUGGAAAUUUGUGUGUGUGUGUGUGUGUGUGCGAGUGUGUGUGUGUGUGUGUGUGUGUGUGUGUGUGUGGUAGAAUGUGAGAGAAAGAGUGUUUGUUGGCCUCCCACGUCUGACUGAAGCACAGCAGCUUUGAAAAGGGAAAGAGAAAAACUUGCUCAUGUAGCUCUGGGUGUGUAGUUAUGUUUUCUGAUUCUGAUCAUAUAUCCUCGUCUGAAUGGAUUAACAUCACUCAAAAAGAUAAUCAGUAUUAGUUUUUAUUGACUUAAUUACCUCUUCAGCAGAACAAAAAAAUCUAAGAAAAUCCUUUUAAAUUCAUCACGAUAGCAGAUAAUCAGUUAUCUGAUUUUUACUUUGUGUAAUUUGCAUUUUAUACACAAGGGGGCGUUGUUUAACUUCUUUAAUUGUACACCAUAAUGAAAAGGACUAAAUGUAAAUGAAAGGGGAGAUAAAAUCCCUUGUAACACGGUGUGCUGGGCCUUUUUGCAUUUUGCAGUGUUAUGAGAAUUUGGAUAUGCUUUGUACAGAAUUUUUACAGGUGUGAAGUUUGCCCAACUGUCUGAAACAAGGUGAAAGGAGCACGGCUUUUACCAUGUGAACACAUUUGAAUACAGGAUUUACAUACCCAUUGCCUCUGGGCUACGUAAUGAGAAAAAUAAACAAAGUCCUAGUUGACCUUUUAAUACUGUUGCAGGUGGUGUGCUUUGUAGUUGGAUGUUUAACUUUCAACCAGUAAUUAUUCUACGCCCAUGUGGGAGAAGUAGGUAGUGGGGCUGCGUUGGUGAUUGAUCACACAGAUCACUGGUUACUAAGAGGUACACCAUGUUUUAAUUUAUACACAUCCUGUUAUAGAUGAAAAAAUAUUCAUGGCUUGGCUAAAAAGAAACCCCCUUUCCCGCCUCCCCCCUCCCCCCCCAAUGCUGUUCUGAAACAUGAAACACAGUGUCUGUGUAUGACCAUUGCAUACUACGUUGCCAAUACUACAGUGUGAUGAGACUUUUGUUCUUGCAUGAAUCGAGACACUGUUCUCCUACCUCAUGUUGUGAUAUAAAAAGAUGUUUUUUAAGCAGAAGACACUGCAUCUCUAACUGUUUAUCAUUGAUAUUUACUAGUAAAUUACAUACCUGUAAAUGCUUUUAGCUAAUACCUCAGUUGUAUCUAGUGUUUGUUUUUUUUCUGUUUUUGCCCUCUCCUGAUUUCAAAUCUUGUAAAUAUACCCUGUAUAGACAAUGAACUUGGAUCAAAUUCAAGUAAAGUUCUGUAGUGUCAAA